GGAAGAUCGGAGGGGCCUGGACUGGCAGUGCGAAGAAACAAAAUACCCCUCACUUAUGGCUGUGUAGAACUCAUCCGUUGCGUUUGGGAUUGUGGAAGGGACAUCAUUUAAAAUAACUUGAGGUCGCCCAGUUUUGUUCACAUUUGUGGGCGCCGAUCAUGGAGAUGCAAAGGUGGUCCACAAGGUGGAAAACGAAAAGGUGGCUUAUGGAUUCCCCUGUAACCGUUUUCAUCACUUUAACACUCCUUCUGGAGGCUGCAAGUGUCAGAGCAGCUGAACCAGUGGAUGUGCUAAAGCUAUUAGAUUUUCAAAAUGCCCCCGAAGGAGUGAGGAAAACAUCAGGAUUUUGCACAAACCGACGAGCCUCGCAGCCAGACACAGCCUUCAGAGUAGGGAAACAGGCCCAGAUCAGCGCACCCACCAAGCAGCUCUUCCCAGGCGGCGUGUUCCCCGAGGACUUCUCGAUCCUCGCCACCGUAAAGGCCAAGGCAGGGCUGCAGGCCUUCCUGCUGUCCAUCUACAGCGAGCAGGGCAUCCAGCAGCUGGGCGUGGAGCUGGGUCGUUCCCCGCUCUUCCUGUACGAGGACCAGCACGGCAAGCCCGCCCCCGAAGAUUACCCCCUCUUCCGCACUCUCAACCUGGCUGAUGGAAAGUGGCACCGCAUUGCCAUCAGCGUGGAGAAGAAGACUGUGACCAUCAUCGUUGACUGCAAGAAGAAGGUCACCAAGCCCCUGGGCAGGAGCAGUGGCGCUAUCGUCAACACCAAUGGCAUCACCGUCUUUGGAACCAGGAUCCUGGAUGAGGAAGUGUUUGAGGGCGAUAUCCAGCAGCUGUUGAUCGUCGCUGAUCCUAAGGCAGCCUACGACUACUGUGAACACUACAGCCCAGACUGUGACACUCCCCACCGCGACACCCCACAGGCCCAGCAGCCAGAGGAUGAGAGAAGGAGACGUAGUGCCUUCAUGAAGAGGACGGCAAAGUCCGUCAAGCCUAAGGCCAAGUCCUAUAAGUUCCUGACAGCCAAACAGUCAGCCGCUAAAAAGUUAGCCGCUAAGAAGAAGCGGCAUGGCUUCCAGGCCACAGCACCAGUGAAGGCCAAAGCCUAUCUAGGGGUAAAACCAAAUAAUGUUGAUGGAGAGUACUAUACUGACUCUGACUACGGAACAGUAGAUGCUACUCAAACUCAGUCUCCCAUUGCCACGACCGGAGCCAAUGAGGCUGUGGAAGAGGAAAUUGUUGAUGACUAUGUCCCUGAAACGGCCGAAGCCGGUCCCGAGCCUACCUUUGCCACGGAUGCGGUGCAGCCCACGGACGCAGCGGCAGUGGCCCCCGAAGGAAACGCGUAUGACUUUAAGGAGUAUGACCUUAAGGAGUAUGACGUAAAUGAGCUUGGCGGGAGUCACUAUGACUAUGGGGCGUACGAUGAUCUGAAUACGGCGGGGCCUGCCCCGGCGGCGUAUGACGAUGAGAUUGGGCAGGGCAAGCCGGCCGAAACGGACGUCUCCGAGGCUAGCGUUGAUGGUGACGCCGGCUACCUCGGACAGAAGGGAGAGAAGGGCGAGCCCGCAGUCAUCGAGCCCGGAAUGCUCAUCGAGGGACCCCCUGGACCUCCCGGCCCAUCUGGUCUCCCCGGCCCAUCGGGUCUGCAAGGUCCUCCUGGCCCAUCUGGAGAUCCUGGUGACAGGGGUCCCUCGGGGCGUGCUGGUCUCCCCGGUGCUGACGGUAUGGCAGGCCCCCCUGGUACCAUGCUGAUGUUGCCAUUCCGCUUUGGAGGCGAUGCCCAGAAGGGCCCCGUGGUGUCCGCCCAGGAAGCCCAGGCCCAGGCCAUCCUCUCCCAGGCUCGGCUCGCCAUGAGAGGUCCCCCAGGUCCCAUGGGUCUUACUGGACGCUCCGGCCCUGUGGGUCUUCCCGGAUCUUCUGGACUUAAAGGAGAGUCUGGAGACCCAGGCCCUCAAGGUCCACGUGGUAUCCAAGGCACGAGUGGUCCUGUGGGAAAAGCUGGCAAAAGGGGUCGCGCUGGAGCCGACGGUGCCAGAGGAAUGCCCGGAGAGUCGGGUUCCAAGGGUGACCGUGGCUUUGAUGGACUCCCCGGCCUUCCUGGAGAGAAGGGACACAGAGGAGAGCUUGGACCUCUUGGACCUCCCGGAGCUCCUGGAGAGGACGGACAGAGGGGAGAGGAUGGAGAAAUUGGGCCAAGAGGGUUGGCAGGCGAGGCCGGCCCACGAGGUCUCCUUGGACCAAGAGGACCACCAGGACCUCCUGGACAACCUGGUGUUGCUGGUGUGGAUGGCCCCCAGGGUUCUAAGGGAAACAUGGGACCUCAAGGAGAACCAGGACCUCCCGGACAGCAGGGCAUCCCAGGAACCCAAGGUCUUCCAGGACCACAGGGCCCCAUCGGACCACCUGGAGAAAAAGGACCGUCGGGUCGGUCAGGCCUGCCUGGUCUUCCUGGUUCUGAUGGACCCCCGGGUCACCCUGGCAAGGAGGGUCCUCCAGGAGAGAAAGGAGCCUUGGGUCAGCAUGGUCCUCAGGGUCCUAUUGGCUAUCCUGGUCCCCGUGGAGUCAAGGGUGCAGAUGGUGUCCGUGGGUUGAAGGGUGGUAAGGGUGAGAAGGGUGAGGACGGUUUCCCAGGCUUCAAGGGUGACAUGGGUCUCAAAGGCGACAGGGGCGAGUUGGGUGUGCUCGGAUCUAGAGGAGAGGACGGUCCUGAGGGCCCUAAAGGUCGCUCUGGCCCCAACGGUGAACCUGGUCCUUUGGGUCCUGCUGGAGAGAAGGGCAAACUGGGAGUUCCAGGUCUGCCAGGCUACCCAGGAAGACAGGGACCUAAGGGCUCAAGCGGUUUCCCCGGAUUCCCAGGAGCCAACGGAGAGAAGGGUGCCAGGGGUGUGGCAGGCAAACCCGGUCCAAGGGGGCAAAGAGGUCCAACGGGGCCACGUGGCGCUCGGGGUGCAAGAGGUCCUACUGGAAAGCCAGGUCCUAAGGGCACAGCGGGCAACGAUGGACCACCAGGCCCGCCUGGCGAGAGAGGACCUCAAGGACCCCAGGGCCCAGUUGGUUUCUCCGGACCAAAGGGCCCCCCUGGACCACCUGGAAAGGACGGGUUGCCCGGUCACCCUGGCCAGCGUGGUGAGACGGGUUUCCAAGGAAAGACCGGACCACCCGGGCCUGGAGGAGUUGUGGGACCACAGGGACCCACUGGAGAGACCGGACCCAUCGGUGAGCGAGGACACCCCGGACCCCCAGGUCCUCCUGGAGAGCAGGGACUUCCUGGCUCCGCUGGUAAAGAGGGUGCCAAGGGAGACCCAGGUCCCGCUGGAGCUUCUGGAAAAGACGGUCCCCCGGGUCUGAGAGGCUUCCCUGGAGAGAGAGGUCUCCCAGGAGCCGCUGGUCCAGCUGGCUUGAAAGGAGGAGAAGGUCCACAGGGUCCACCCGGUCCAGUCGGCUCACCAGGAGAGAGAGGAGCUGCUGGACCCGCCGGCCCCAUCGGUCUGUCUGGACGCUCCGGACCUCAGGGACCCCCAGGCCCCGCCGGAGAGAAGGGCGCACCAGGAGAGAAAGGACCAUCCGGUCCAGCUGGACGUGAUGGUGUCCAGGGCCCAGUCGGUCUUCCAGGACCAGCCGGACCACAGGGACCCCCAGGAGAGGACGGAGACAAGGGAGAGGUUGGUGAACCAGGACAGAAGGGAAGCAAAGCAGACAAAGGGGAACAGGGUCCACCUGGUCCAGCUGGCCUGCAGGGUCCCAUCGGUGCUCCUGGUCCCGCUGGUGGUGAUGGAGAGCCUGGUCCCCGUGGACAGCAGGGCAUGUUCGGCCAGAAGGGAGAUGAGGGAUCCAGAGGAUUCCCCGGACCCCCUGGUCCCAUCGGCCUGCAGGGUCUUCCUGGACCACCAGGCGAGAAGGGAGAGAACGGAGACGUGGGUCCAAUGGGUCCUCCCGGCCCCCCUGGCCCCAGAGGUCCUCAGGGUCCAAGUGGUGCUGAUGGUGCCCAAGGUCCUCCUGGCGGUGUUGGUGGCAUGGGUCCUGUAGGAGAAAAGGGAGAGCAAGGAGAGGCUGGCAAUCCCGGACCUGCUGGAGAGCCUGGAACUGGAGGUCCUAAAGGUGAGCGAGGAGAGAAGGGAGAGGCCGGACCACCAGGCGCUGCUGGACCUCCCGGUGCCAAGGGACCACCAGGAGAUGAUGGCCCCAAGGGUAACCCUGGACCUGUUGGCUUCCCUGGAGACCCCGGUCCCCCUGGUGAGCCUGGCGUUGCUGGUACGGAUGGAGGACCCGGAGAGAAGGGAGAUGAUGGAGAGCCCGGUCAAGCGGGUCCCCCUGGCCCCUCUGGAGAAUCUGGCCCACCAGGACCUCCCGGAAAGAGAGGACCUCCAGGAGCCGCCGGAGCAGAGGGCAGACAAGGAGAGAAGGGCGCCAAGGGUGAGGCUGGAGCAGAAGGCCCAGCAGGCAAGACCGGCCCCGUUGGCCCCCAGGGUCCCCCUGGAAAGCCUGGCCCAGAAGGCCUCAGAGGAAUCCCAGGCCCCGUCGGUGAACAAGGACUUCCUGGCUCCUCCGGACAAGAUGGCCCUCCAGGACCUAUGGGACCCCCUGGUCUUCCUGGCCUGAAAGGAGAUCCUGGCUCCAAGGGAGAGAAAGGUCAUCCCGGUCUGAUUGGACUGAUCGGCCCGCCCGGCGAGCAGGGAGAGAAGGGAGACCGAGGUCUGCCCGGUCCACAGGGUACCCCUGGCAACAAGGGAGAUUCUGGUAUCGGUGGUGGUUCUGGUCCCCUGGGUCCACCUGGUCCUCCUGGUCUGCCUGGCCCACAAGGUCCCAAGGGAUCCAAGGGUUCUUCUGGUCCCGCUGGCCAGAAGGGAGACACUGGUACGAUUGGACCUCCUGGACCUCCUGGUCCCCCCGGCGAGGUGAUCCAGCCCCUGCCCAUCCGCAUGCCCAGGAAGAGCAAGCGCUCCGCGGACUACCAGGCCGACGAGGCCAUGAUGGACUACGGCGAGGGCAUGGAGGACAUCUUCGGCUCCCUCAACAACCUCAAGCAGGACAUCGAGCGCAUGAAGUACCCCAUGGGCACGCAGGAAAACCCGGCCAGGACGUGCAAGGACCUGCAGCUCUGCCACCCCGAGUUCCCCGACGGCGAAUACUUCAUCGAUCCAAACCAGGGUUGCUCUGGAGACUCCUUCAAAGUGUACUGUAACUUCACAGCGGGAGGCGAGACCUGCAUCUACCCAGAUAAGAAGUCGAACGGAGUUAGGAUAUCUUCCUGGCCCAAGGAGGUGCCUGGAUCCUGGUACAGCGAAUUCAAGCGUGGUAAAAUCCUAUCAUACGUGGAUGCCGAGGGCAGUGCGAUAAACCAGGUGCAGAUGACGUUCCUCAAACUACUGACGGCCUCGGCCAGGCAAAACUUCACCUACAGCUGCCACCAGUCGGUGGCCUGGCACGACGCCACCACCGACAGCUACGACAAGGCGCUGCGUUUCCUGGGCUCCAACGACGAGGAGAUGUCCUACGACAACAACCCAUACAUCCAGGCCAUCAGCGACGGAUGCGCGGAGAGGAAGGGCUAUGGAAAGACUGUGAUGGAGAUUAAUACUCCCAAAAUUGAUCAAGUGCCAAUCAUCGACGUGAUGUUGAAUGACUUUGGGGAUCCCAGUCAGAAGUUCGGAUUCGAAGUGGGACCUGUCUGCUUCCUUGGCUAAAGUCCAAAGAAAGGAACAACAAAUUUGGCAGGGAAGGACGGGUCAGCACUCAAGAGUUAAGACUCUUUUUGGUACCACCAUCACCACCAUCGUCAUCACCACCAACACCACCACCACCACCACCACCACCAACAACCAACCCCCACACCCUUCAUGCCACAUGCAAAUUUUUGAAUAAAGAAAAAAGAAAAUGGUGUAGCGAUCAUGUCUUGCCAUAUGUGUAUGUAUUAUCCAGGAAAAUACUUGUUGCCCUUGUAGGGCUUAGAAUCACAUGACUUAAGCCUGUUUAUGGAGCAAAGGUGAAGGACAUCUGAAGGUCGUGGCCUGAGAGUGGUGAGUGGGAACUACCCAUUGGAGGUCAAACGGUCAGAGAGGAGGGGCCUCUCGUGGCCUACAUUCUCCCCGGUGCUGUUCAAAAAAAAAAGAAAAAGAACAAAAAAAAAACAAAAACAGUGGUGCUUGAUCAGAACAUUAAAAAAUAUAUAUGUUAUGAGGUGCUAAGAGAAAGAAGAAGGUGUAUUUUGAUAAAACUGUAAUUAUUAUUUUGUACAUUACUGUUAUUUCUGAAUCCACUUUCAAAACUUGCAUGUCUAUCAGAAUCGCAUCAGGCUCUUAAUUUCAACGUGAACAGGAAGAGAAAAAGAAAACCAUGGCAACAGCAUUUAUAACUUAAAUAAGUAAAAGAAAUAAAGAAAUUAAAUAAUUAUGAUAUUUUGUGAUGAAUACUGUGUACCUAUUAUGAAGCCAAUAAAAGUGAGCAUUCAAACAAUUCCCUAUUUCUAAUUAUAACAUAUGCCCUUUGUAUAUAUUGACCACCCACAAGCUCUGGGUCACAGGUGGUUUGGCCAAUGAGACCACAGCAAGCAUGACUGGAAGACUCUCACCAGCACAUGCCAAACAACAUGCUUCACUAAUGUUGUUUCCUGUGCUUGUUUUAAGCAAUAAUGGCAUUCAUUUUCACUUAUUUAAGUUUAUUAUUUGAUUUUUGUUUGAAAAGGUUCUUUUUUUUUUUUUUUUUUUUUUUUUUUUUAGUUUGAAUUUUUUUGUCAGAUUUUUUUCCACUUCACCUUUUGCUCUGUUGUUUUGGUCGUAUACCUCAAACUUUCUUGAUAACCAUUAAGAUGCCAGGAUGGUAUGCCCUGUAUAUACCUUGGUUACACAAUUAAGUUUAUAUAUUUUGGGUGGGGAUUUUUUUAAUGAGAAAAAAAGAAAUACGUAUCUGUUAGGCCUCUUCUGUUCCAAUCCUUCUGUGAAUGCAUUGAUAAGCCCUUUUCAGUGACCCAUUUUUUUGUAACUAAAAUGAGAAAAUGUUUUAAUGUGCUUUUUAUGGUCAUUUAAAUAUUAAAAACUGGAUUCUAAAACAACACCCAAAAUUGCAUGUGUGCAUUGUGUGUUUGUGCCUCCCUGAAAGCAGAGUAGUGAUUGGUGGAGUUCUGGUAUCACCAUUGAGUCUCAGGAGUUUUGAUUGGCAGUGGUCAAUGGAUGCUGUCCUAGCUUGAAUACUUUCUUUUGCACCAAAUGCUUGUUUUCUUUUUUUCUUUCUUUGCCAUGUCUUCGAUAGCGUAGUGAAUCUUCAGGAUCAUCUCCAAAUGCUACCGAACAAACUGUAAUCACUGACAACAUCUGCAAGUCUUUAAAUAAAUUUCUGUUAACUCUAAAA